AUGGCGAUUGAAGAUGAGAGCCACCAAGCGACCAAAACAGAGAAGCCAGUACAAGCGGGCUCGUCAAAUCCAAUCGAGAUGUCUGACAUGUCCAAGGCUUCUCAGCCAGAUACAUCUCGAGAGGACCAUGCAACAGAUGAGCCACCAGCUCUUCCGAAGGAGCCGGAAAUAGAGGGACCAGUCCUUUACAUCACUUUACUACUUAUUACUGGGGCGAGACAUCCCUUCAAAUUAGAUCGAAAAUAUUUGAAGAAGCGAAAUGUUGAGGUUGAAGGAGACAACCCAAUCAAUAUGAGUUUAUACAAGCUGAAAGAAUUGAUACUGAGGGAUUGGCGAGAAGGUGAGGACGCUAGUCAUAAUCUACUCCUGUCUCGGCAUUAUUGA